CUCAGCGCUUGGUAGUUCUGCGCAUGCGCGGCAAUUUAAAGCCUCUGCAGAUCGAGAUCAACGUCGGGGCUCUGGGAAGGCAGUACAGCGGGUGAAACCACCGGGGGAUUGCCCCGAGAAAACCGGGACUGUGUGUCCCCGGGGCACCAUGAGCCUCCCGCGGCCGGAGGGAGACGAAGAGAGACGCGAGGAGCAGCAGAGCGGGGGCGCUAGGUCGAGUGAUGAUAGCACGGGGGAUGCGGCUGAUUCCGAGACAAUGAAACCGGGAGACCCGGCAAGCCCCGCCCCCGCGGAUCCGAGCCAGCCUCCAGAGCCGGAGAGCUCCGCCAGGGACGAGCAUGCCACGUCUGCCAGCGGGUCCGCCUCGGGAGCGAACCUGUUCUGGUGGCUGAACAAGCGCUGUCUGGGCAGGGGGCUUUGUGUGGACCCCGCAAGGGACAAUUACAGGACAAUGACCAGCCUGUACAGCUCCAUCCACCCGGCGGACUCCGUGAACCUCAGCACCAGGACCCACGGGGCGGUAUUUAACCUGGAAUACUCCCCAGAUGGGUAAGGUAUAAAUAUUAACAUGUCUCGCCCUCUCUGACCCCUGCUGUGCAUUAUCUACAGGGAGAAUGUAAGCUGGGCUCUAUAGUUCUCUCUUAUAGAAGAGACCACAUUAGAUAUGUGCUGGACAGAGGGGGCCACAGUAAGCAGACUGUAUAUUUCUUACGUGGCAUGCUGUUUAUACUGGUGAGCUGUGCCUGGAGCCACAUCAGUUUGGGGGCAAGGGCAUCCUUAAAAUGUUUAUUUUGCUCAAUAAGUGUCAACAUUUAAAAUAGGGAUUCUCCUCUGGGAGUUGAUUUGAAGCUAAGUCUAGAUAUCUCUAGUAAAUGCAACUGAUAUGGUAGAUAAAAUCCAAAAGAAAAUUAGGUGUGCUUGGUUUUUUUUUUUUUUUUUCUUCAAUUUAGUUUUACCUUGGUCCAAAAAUGGAUGGGAACUGCUGUUGUAGCCCACAAUCAGACUGCUUGCUAUUUUAGCGUUUAGAAAAACUAAAACUAAAUCAGUCAAAUUUAACUGCUACAGAUAUUUUUGCACAGCCCAGUAGCGAACUAAAGUAAGCAAUGGGUUGUUGUUGUUGUUGUUAAAAUUCUAUUUCAUAAAAAUUCUUAGUAUUUUUAAUUUUUAUUUACGUGGCAUGCCAGGCUUGGUAUGGCAUAUAAAUUACAUUAACCUGAGUAGUGCUGCACAACUUCUGAAAUACCUAAGUGUACAUGUGUUCAUUUGACAUGUCUGUACAUAUGUUAAAGGGCACAUCAGAAUCCAGGAGUUGCAAACCGCUUUUGUCACAGAUUACCACACUGUCAUCAGGUAUCAAAUAUCUUUUAUGAAAGCAUUUACUUGAUCACACCAUAAUUCACUGCUCUCAGCUUCAUGUCUUGACUGCUUUUGUGCAGUAUUGACAAGCAACCAAGUUACCACGUACACUACAUUUGCAUGAAACUAGGAUUCAUAGUAGAGCAUAUAAUAAAGCUAUGAUCAGUUAAAUGCAUUCAUACCAAAUGUUUUAGAAACAAGAGGGACACUUUUGUAUCUUUAAAGGAUCACUAUAGGGUCAGGAACACAAACAUGUAUUCCUGACCCUAUAGUGUUAAAACCACCAUCUAGCCCCCCUGGGCCCCUCAUGCCUCCAUAAAUAUAGUAAAAAUCUUACUGAAUUCAAGCCUGAAGCUGUAAAUCUGCAUGCUGUUAGACUCAGAAAAACAAGCAGUCUGCUGACAUGUGGUAGCCUGAUCCAAUCACAGUGCUUCCCAUAGGAUUGGCUGAGACUGACAAAGAGGCAGAUGAGGGGCAGAGCCAGCAUGAUUCAAACACAGCCCUGGCCAAUCCGCAUCUCCUCAUAGAGAUGAAUUGAAUCAAUGAAUCUCUAUGAGGAAAGUUCAUUGUCUGCAUGCAGAGGGAGGAGACACUGAAUCACAGGAUGCUGUGCACAGUGCUGCCCUGUGCUCUGCUGACAGCAGAUAUGAGUGGAUGGAGAUAUAUUAUGCCUCCAUCAACUCAGAAGUCCCUCUGGUUCACUCUGAGUGACUGCAACUGAAGGUGUUCCUAGCUUUCAAUGUAAACAUUGUAUUUUCUUAGAAAAUACAGUGUUUACAUGAGAGAGGCUGCAGGGAGCUAUAGUUCUCACCUGAACAACCUCAUUAAGCUGAAGUUGUUCAGGUGACUAUAGUGUCCCUUUAAAAAAAAAAAAAAAAAAAAUUGUUAGACCAUUUGUCUGAAACACAAUUGAAGGGAUGACCCUUGAAAUGCAAGUCUAAGCACCAUUACCCCUACAGCCUUCUGUUGGUAUUGUGGUGGGUGGCUCAAUUCCACUGUAAGUUUUCAAGUUGUAUGACACUUACUUUGGUCCCUUUUGUGUGUUGCUAAAGCAGAAGUUCCAAUUCCGCUUUAGCAAUAUUAAUUUAGUCCCAGUUAAGACUUAAUUGUAUGAGAAUGUUGUUCUGUAGUGGUUAUGGUGGUUAUAUUGCCCCUUUUGACUUUAAACCCACAGAAUAUGAAUUACAUGUGAAUGUGCCGUAUAUUUAGCUCGGGGGUGGUUAAAUAAAUGGCAUAAAAAAUUGGGGGUGGGGGGGGCAGAAUUGAUAAGGUUCCCCUCUGUGUCACUCACCUGCCUGUGGUUUACAACAGUUUUCUGGACUGGGAUUGGUGGUAACUGGGAAAAAAAUGGAAUUUGCAAAUAAUUCAUGAGUGGUAGUAUAUUCCAGCUGUGUUCUGAACAUAGCUUUGAAUUGAAAUUGGGCACUUAUUUCCAUUUGUAUCUCUCCUGUAUCAUUUAAAGUGAUGCUAUAGUCACCAGAACAACUAUGGCUUAUUGUAUUAGUUCUGGUGUGUAGAAUCAUUCCCUUCAGGCUUUUUGCAGUAAACACUGUCUUUUCAGAGAAAAUGCAGUGUUUACAUUACAGCCUAGUGAUAACUCCACUGGCCACUCCUCAGAUGGCUGCUAUAGGUGCUUCCUGGGGGAGUGCAGCACAGCGUGCAGCACUGCCAUUCAUUGUUUCUACCCUCUGCAUGGAGACACUGAACUUUUCUCAUAGAGAUGCAUUGAUUCAAACAGGCUUAACCAAUCCUGUGGGAAAGCACUGUGAUUGGCUCACAAAACUACUUCUGAUGAUGUCAGCCAAGCAGGCAGAUCAGAGGCUGCAGACUUGAAUACAAGUAAGAUUUUACCAUAUUUAGGGAGGCCGGUGGGGAAUAGAUGGGGGUUUGUACACUAUAGGGUCAGGAAUACCUGUUUGUCUUCCUGACCUUCUAGUGUCCAUUUAAGGUAGACAUUUUGAGCCCUGAGUCUAAGCUUGUCUGUUUGCUAACCCCAUAUUGAAAUAUUCCUUCUAUUUCUUAAAUGAAACCAAUAUGUAAGGUUCUAAUUACAUUGUGUACAAUAAAAGCAAUGACAAGAUGUAACGGUAAAAUAAUUAUUUACUUAACAGUGGUUACUUUGUGUUUUCCUUAGGUCGGUACUAACUGUCGCAUGCGAGCAAACUGAAGUCCUUUUAUUUGACCCAGUGUCUUCAAAGCAUAUAAAAACCCUUUCAGAAGCCCAUGAAGACUGUGUAAAUAAUAUCCGGUAAGUCAACCUUGCUUGGUGUUGAGCCAGGAAUGUUAAUAUGUGCCAAAUCCCUGUGUUUAUUUAUUUUUUUUAAUCUCCUGUAUUGUAGGGAAAACAGCAAAUGGAAAUAUCUCAAAAGUGGAAUGUAAAAAAAGUAUUUUGUUGGCUGUUCUAUAACUAUACAUGUGUGAUACCUUGCUAACCCUAAGCAUCAUUUGUAAUUAUACAACCCGUCUAGUCUAGCAGCACAUAAGAAUUGUAAAAACUUAGGUAUUCAGGCUAAAGUGGGCAUUUGUGUAAGUUUACAGUCCAUUCAGAAAUGUUUUUAUUUUUUUAUUUCUUUAUAUAAAAUCAUGUUCUAAUCUUAUGCUAUAAUUGUUUUCAUUCUCCCCCCUCCCCCACAUCAAUGAAUACGUGACACAAAAACCAAAGCAUGAUGCUAACACCACAGUGCUUCACUGUUGGGAUAGUAUUGUGCAGGUGCCUAGUUUCCUCCAGACAUGAUUUGAAUUGAGGCUAAACCGUUUUAUCUCGAUUUUCAAAACACCAGAGAAUCUUGUUACUUACAGUUCAAGGGUCUUUUAGGUGAUUUUUAUUUAUUUUUUUGCAAAUUCAAAGCAGGUAGUCACAUUUUAUGCAGUGAGAAGAGGUUUGAGUCUGGCCAAUCUGCCUUAAGGGAGUGUUGCAGUGAUGGUUGUCCUUCUGCAAAUUUCUCCCUUCACCUCACCAUCGAGUUCUUGCUCAGCUCUCUCACCAAAGCCCCUUUCUGCCUCCGCUUGCUCAGUUUGACCAGGCAACCAGCUCUAGGAAGAAUCCUGGUUAUUCUAAACGUCUUCCAUUUAAGUAUAAUGUAAGCCAUUUUGCUUUUGGCAAAACCUUCAGUGCAGCCAAUAUAUUUUAUGUUUGUAAUUUUUUUUUAAAUUUUUGUUUUUAGCCUUUUUCAGAUCUGUGUUUCGACACAAUCCUGUCUGAGUUGUUCAGGUAGUUUAUUUGAACUCUUGGCUUGUUUUUUUUCCCUCUGAUAUUCAUUAAAGCUGUGAGACCAUAUAUAGGCAGAUGUGCGGCUUUCGAAAUCAAUUGAAUUGGCAACAGGUAGUCAAAUUGUAGAAGCAGCUCAAAGAUGAUCCAGAGAAAUGGGAUGCAUCCAAGUUAAUUUGGAAGUGUAAUAGCAAAGGAUCUGAAUACUUAUGGCAAUGUGAUAUUUCCGCUUUAAUUUUUAUUUUUUUUAUUAAUUUGCAAAGGUUUCAAGAAUGUGGUGUAUGCAAACCUGCAUCUACUGCGGCGUGCGGUUUAAAGGGGCUCUAUCACUAAACUUCCAACCAGCCUAUCUGUACCCCCCACCUUUCCCAAAUGACACUUGUUUCUUGCAAAAUCAUUUGUACUCCGUUUCAAGAGGACCUAGUCGUAACAGGAAACCUACAGCUGUAGAACUUUGUGGGGCUAGAAAACACACCUUGCACGUACAGCUGAAUGUUUUUCUGAUAACCCCUGUAUGAUCUUCUUUUUAAUCAAUCAAAUGAGAGACACAGAAAUUAUUUAGAAGAACCAAAUACAGAGUACACAGAUAGGAUUGGGGUGCAGAAAGAUACACAAAGUGGAAAUGGGCAGAAUCCUAUAUAGAUACGAUUUGUGUCUGAUUUAAGGGUUGUUAGUGGGUUAAAACAUGUAAAGAAAGGCACAGUGAAACAGAUUUAAGAGACAAAUUCAGAGAUAAAUAAGACAAACUGUCUACUGAGACAGACCCAGAGAAAGAGAGUCUGAAAUAAAGAGAAUAAAAUGCAGGGGCAAACGCAGAGAUUGGGAAUGGCAUAAUGGCUGAGAAAGAAGAAAACCGUUAUUAUAUGAUAGUAAAAAAAAAAACCCAUAGUAAAAGGGGAGUCUAAGGCUAAUGGAUGGUACACAUAGAUUAGAAGGCGAAAGAAGAACAUUAUGGAAGAGUGACUAGGAGGAGAGAAGAAAAAAAUACAAAAUGUGUAGUAGAAAAUUUUGGCGGGGAUAACAGAAUAAGAAAUGGACCUGGCCUCCCAACGUGCUAAUUAAGAAAAAUCUAGCCAUCCACAGGAAAGGAAUUUAUCAGCACUGUAUUACAACAAAGUAACACUAUAUCGUAAGUAAUACAAAUUACUUUACUUAAAGGAAUGCUACAGGGUCAGGAACACAAAUGUGUAUUCCCGACCCUAUAGUGUUAAAAAGAUUGUUUAUCUUGCGUCUGGAUUCCAGCGACAGCCAGUUUAGUUCUUUUAGCAUGUCACAAUGGUGGGUCGUGUAAUUACAUUGUAGCACAAAUCGGCAGAACGAGUUAUACAAUGUGUUGAGUUUAUUAACGUGGGAUUGCGCUGCAGAUGCAUAUACAACAUCCCCAUAAUCAAUGAUUGGCGUCAGCAUUUGCAGUACAAUCUUUUCCUUUACUGUAGGGCUUAGGCAGGAUUUGUUUCUGUACAGGGCACCUAGUUUUGGAUAAAGUUUAGAUUCAAGUUAUUCUAUGUGCAAGCCAAAAGAUAGAUUGGGGUCUAACAACAUACCCAAGUAUUUGAAAGAGUGGACUGCGGUCAGUGUGCUAUUUGAUUUGAUGGAUAGGUGGGAAUUGUGUAAUUUAGGUACUGUUCCAAAGAUCAUUGUGGCAGUUUUGUCAGUGUUCAGGAAGAUUUUGUUUUUUGCAAUCCACUUUUCUACCUCUGUAAACUGGUCUUGGAGCACAGCCUCAAGCUGCGGUAGAUCGGAAUUGCUCGCAUAGAUUACUGUGUCAUCUGCGUACAUGUGUACAUUUGAGGAUUUGCAGACAUUAGGCAGAUCAUUUAUAAAUAAUGUUAAUAGUAGGGGGCCGAGAAUGGAACCUUGGGGAACACCACACGUGACUGGGAGAGGGAGUCGCUGUCAGAAAUGGACACAUAUUGCUAGCGAUCCGAUACAUACGAUCGAAACCAGUUUAGCGAACAAUCACCAAUACCUGAAUUUUUGAGUUUGUGCAAUAGAAUGUCGUGGUCUACUGUGUCAAAGGCCUUAGCAAAAUCAAGGAAAAUAGCUCCAGUUCGGUCUCCUUGUUGCAUGCCAGUUUGGAUGUCAUUGCAAACUUUUAAGAGGGCAGUUGUAGUGGAGUGAUUCUGGCGAAAGCCCAAUUGAUCAGGGGUCAGAUAGUUUGAUUGUUGGUAGUACUCACAUAGUUGUGUAUGGACACAUUUUUCUAAGAUUUUUGACAAUACCAGGAGCAAUGAUAUUGGGCGAUAGUUAGAAACCAAAAUAGUGUCACCACUUUUAUGGAUAGGCACUACUCUCACAGUCUUCCAAAGUUUGGGUAUGUAUCCAGACACCAAGGAUUCGUUAGAGUUGCGACGGGUUUAGCAAUUGCUGGCGCACUGAGCUUCAACAGCAUUGCUGGGAUUUGAUCAGGUCCGGACUGGUUUUUCAGUUUUAGAUUAAUAAGAUGUUUUUCAAUGACCCUAACAGGUACAGGUCUAAAAAUGAACUUGUCUAUAUUGGGACUUUGCAAAUUUAGUGGGACCUGAUCCACAUUUGUAGUUUCAGGAUGCGUGUCAUUUAUUAGCUUGGCAAUCAGGGCAGUAGAGCAUUCGACAAAAUAAUUGUUAAAGGCAUUUGCUACAUCUAAGGGAAGUUGCAGGGUUUGGUUAUCCACUUUGACAGUGGAGGGUUGGGAGUGGAUUGGGGGAGUUUGUAGUUUAUUUAUGACUUUCCAAAAGUUUUUAGGGUUUGAGAUGUUAUUGUUCAGAUUUUCCUAGAAAUAUUGGGCCUUGGCCAAUUUUGUCUGUUUUGUGCAUAUAUUUCGCCAUUGUCUAUAUGCACGGUGAUCAUUCAUAGAGUCAGUACGCUUAAACUUUGAAACUGUUACAUUUGGAUGAGGUCAGCUGUGAUCCAGUUCAUAUGUGCUCCUUUUACCCUCCCCUUACGCAGCGGGGCAUGCAAAUUCCAAAUUUGUAGGAGUUCAGACUGAAUUCAACAGCACAGUCUAGAUAUAUAUCUGCUUUUCCUUAUGUAUAACAGCCAAAUUGACAACAAAUGACAAUAGGUGUAGCUUAGGGAAUCACUUCAGCUUGCUGAAGUGGUUUAUGGGUAAGGAGAAGCUCAAUUUAAUGGCACUUUAUAAAAAAAGGCUCCGUAAAAAGGCUUGUAUAGCUCAGCAGUUUUUGCAAGCUGUUUUGUUUGUUGUGUUCCUUUAUGCUAGGUUCUGUGUUGGAAGCCAGUCCUAUUUACCCACAAUCUGUCAAUUAAAAUAAUCUCCGCAAAGGGAAAACAUCAUCGGCAGAGGAGAAGAAAAUGGCUGAACCCAGAUAUUGAGAUCCUGCACAGGAAAGAAAAGAUAAUAAAUAUAAAGGCGGGUUGGAGGUGUAAUUAUGAUCAUAAAGGGGGCAUAAAGAAAGCAAAACUAAAAGGAAAGUAAAAAUGACACUGCCACUUCUCAAAUUUUCAAGGAAGCAAUCCAAUAAUGUGCUGAGCUGCCCAAUAUUUGAACACUUCUACAGCAUUUACUCCCCCAAACUUAAUGAACAUGCAACAUUUGGAUGUAUAUUUUACUCUGUAACAAUCCAUAUUGUCAUUGAAAUAGGAGAAGCAUUGGCAUUGAUAGCUAAACAUCAACAGUGCUGAACUAGUAAUAACCAUACUAGCUCCACUCAUCAUAGCUAUUCUUUGCUAUAUACAUCACAAAAUCAAGUUAAUUGUCCUUGUUAUUGGACUUAAUGUGCUUAAUCAUUAUAAGAGAUGAGUGUCCACACUCAUAUUUAGAUAAUAAUGCUAGUAACCUGUAUUUGUUUAUUUUUAUGUGCAGGUUUCUUGAUAAUAGGCUGUUUGCAACAUGCUCUGAUGACACGACCAUUGCACUUUGGGAUCUGAGAAAAUUAAACACAAAGGUGUGUACCCUGCAUGGCCACACCAGCUGGGUGAAGAACAUAGAAUAUGACACAAAUACAAGACUUCUGGUAACCUCUGGCUUUGAUGGAAAUGUAAUCAUUUGGGACACCAACAGGUAACAAAUAAUCAUUACGUUAAUAAAACACUCUAGGGUGGAUUUAACCCAUAUUUAUUUGUAAAAAUUUUUUUAUAGUCUGCUUUACAUUGUAGUAACUGGCAGCUGAACUAUAAAAUAGGAACGAUCUAGGAAUUGAGCACAUACCAAUACUGUUUCGGUGGGGAUACUAAGAAAACCUAUAUCAUUGGUAUUUCUUGGGGGAUAUGUUGAAACCACUUCUCUAACCUACAUUUAAUAUGUUGAUAGCUGGAGUUAUCCAUCAAUAGGAAAUACUUACUACGUUUAAUAUUCAGUGUUUGGGAUUUGCCAAAUAUUUAUCGAAGACCAUUAUUCUUUUGACUCACAGUCUAGGACAAUUUUUCUCAAACUAGUCCGCAAGCGAUUCAGGGUGACCUACAAGGAUUAGAGAAAACAGAAAAUAUAUACAAAAAUAUAUUGAGGUAACUAAAAAAAAAAAAAACAGGCCGAAAUAGCACUGAAUGACAAAUAAUCUAAAAAAACAUACAGUGGAUGAAUAAAUAGGAUUGAGAGCACCGAUUUAAAACGGAGUAUUUAUACUCAUUCAGCUCUCACACUAUUCAGCGCACCAAGUUGUAGUGGUUAUGUUGCUUAGAGUGCCGCUUUUAUAAGAACACUCCAAGCACCAUAACAACUUCAGAGUGCUGUAGUAGUUAUGGUGUCAGGGGUGCUCUGGUGACUUGACAAUUUACAUGGCGUUUGCCAAUAGCUUGUCACUAUUUCCACCAACACCGGGCAAGCCCUCUGCAUUCCUGAACUACGCUGUCUGGUUGAGUGCACAGAGCUGACGUUAGCUCAUGGGAGAAAAUUGAAGCUCAGUACAGAAACUUCUGUCUCUCCUGAAAGCUGUGGUCGGCACCCAGUGUACCCCAAGUUAGAUGUCAUAUAGUUUGACUAUUUACCCUGCAAUUGAGCCAGGGCUAUUCUGCUACUAUAACCACCAUAGUGUACUGUAGUAAUGAUGCUUGGAGUACCCUUUUACCUUUUUAUUAUAAAACCAACAACUACAUUUGUUAAAGAGGUGACUAAAUACUUUGUUUAUGAGUCCAAAUUUAAUAUACUAGAAAGGGCAUCAGCAGUGGAUUAGAAGUGUUUUUAUGAAGUAGUCGUGCCUUUCACAUACAGACAGGAGAUAGGGGACUCGGUCGAUUCUAGUAAAUGUUAGUACUAUGAUUAAAGGUCUUCAGUCUUGAUACAUUUGAAAAAGAGAUACUGGUCUCUAUAUAUUCAUUUCAAAGUCCAGUAUUCACAGGUGAAAUGAUUGUCACCAUCAGAGAUUCCUAAAUUUUUGUUGUUAUGCAAAAGUUACAGUUGCUGCACAGAUGCACUAAUUCAUGGUGGUGAUCAAACAUCAAUCACAGUUGUAAAGAUAUUAUUAUUAUUAUUAUUAUUAUUAUUAUUAUUUAUAAAGCACCAACAUAUGAAGCUUAUAUGUAAAACUGGAAGCUUGUUUUUCCAGAAAUGACAAAGGAUAUAGUUCGUUUACUUCACUAACAAUUUAGAUAUAUUCUUGCUUCUGUUAUUACAUUACUUGUAAAAUGUUUUCUGUCAACAAUCACAAAAAAUGGUGCAAAGAUGUGUGGAAAUGUAGUGUGUUCUCUAGGUAGGACAAGGGCAUUACUGCAAAGUAUAUGGUGCUGAGAAUCCCUUAUAGAGAUCGGAUAGCCCAAACAGGGCAUCCAGAACACUUAGACAUGAGUUGCCUUGUAUCAGGUUUGUCCAUGUUGUAUGUACAAUAGGGACAGCUUUCUCUCCUUCCUGGAGAGAGUUAAGCCACAAACUAAUCAUUGGUACAAUCCUCUGCCAAGAGCAACAGUGAACCAGGCUGUAUGGAAAUGGAGAGCACCUGCUUAUAAUGCAGUUCCAAUCAUCACUAUGUAUAGGAUAAACUACAUUUCCCAUAAACCUCUAACUUCUGCUGAAGAGACAUGUAUGGGACACAUUUGGUCCCUUUAGAUCAGAUCCUGGAUUAGAGCAUUACUAACUGAUGUGGGAGUGAUCUGACUAUCCUAUAGACUCGCUAAACACUGCAUUCUGUAGAGAUAGAUAUAGAUAUAGAGAUAUAUAAUUUUUUAUUUUUUUUUAAAUGUAUUUUAUUUUUUUUUGCAUCAUAAUCUUAAAAGACCACUAUAGUGCCAGGAAAAAAAACUUGUUUUCCUGGCUCUAUAGGGUGUUUAUGUCCUUGUCCCCCCGCCGGGCUGAAAGGGGAGGAAGGGGUUAAAUGCUUACCUUUCUCUAUCACUGGGCUCCCUCGGUGCUGGGGACUCUCCUCCCUCUUCAUCCGCUGAAUGCGCAUGCGCGGCAAGAGCCGCGAGUGCAUUCAGUCAGUCCAUAGGAAAGCAUUUCUCAAUGCUUUCCUAUGGACGGCAGCGUCUUCUCACUGUGAUUUUUCAUAGUGAGAAGCGCGGAAGUGCCUCCAGCGGCUGUCAAUGAGACAGCCACUAGAGGCUGGAUUAAUCCUAAUGUAAACAUAGCAGUUUCUCUGAAACUGUUAUGUUUACAGCUGCAGGGUUAACCCUAGAUGGACCUGGCACCCAGACCACUUCAUUGAGCUGAAGUGGUCCUUUAAGAUAUUGGGGUUUGUUUAUGAACAGCUGGAAAUGUGUCUAAUUUCAAAUGGGAGUGGCUUAUUUUAUAUUUACUAAAGCCAGAUCCGGUCGCUAUUUGGUCUACCCGACUGAAUUUAUAUCAAUUAGUUGGAAGAAUUCAGUGUCUGGUUUAGAAUUUGUGCUUUUCUCAUCUGAACCCUAUGCAAAGUAUUUGAUCUGGAAUAUUUUCAAAGCACCAAUUUGUAAAUCAAAUAGAGACCAAAUGCAUAUUGGGGGGAGGGAGGAUUGGCCACCACGUACUAGCCAGCUGCUACAUUAAGCUGGAAACAAAAAUGAAAAAGUCCUAUGGUUUAUAAAUAACCCCUCCCUAAUACCCCUACCUGCCAUGUUGUGGGUGGGACAUAUCUAUUGGACAAAGACCAACCAGUGGCUGCUUAUAACUUUUUAAACUCCUAAAUGGCAGAUAAUUAUAAUGUUUGACUGCAGGUGUUAUGAUCUAUACACCAAAACUGCUUCAUUAAAGGGAAACUAUAGUCAGCAGAACUACAGCUUAUUGUAUUUGUUCUGGUGUGUAACAUCAUUCCCUUUUAGGCUUUUUCAGAGAAAAGGCAGUGUUUACAUUACAGCAUAGAGAUACCUCCACGGACCACUCUUCAGAUGGCUACUAGACAUGCUUCCUGGGGUCUCCAUCCUCUGCAUGGAGACUCUGAACUUUCCUCAUAGAGAUACAUUGAUUCAAUGCAUCUCUAUGAGGAGAUGCUAAUUAGCCAGGGCUGUUUUAUUUUUGCUGGCUUUGCCCCUGAUCUUACUCUUUGGCAAUCUUAGCCAAUCUCCUAUGGGAAAGCAUUGUGAUUGGCAUUGAUCAAGACUUCUGAUGAUGUCAGUCAAGCAGGCAGAUAAGGGGCAGAGCCAGCAGUAGCAGCGGACUAAAUAAAGAUAAAGGUAAGAUAUUACUAUAUUUUGAGAGGGGGGGGCGGGGGGGGGAGAUGUUGUUUAUAACACUCGGGGCCGGUGUAAGGAUUUUUGCUGCCCCCCACUCAUAUGAUCUGCCAUAUGAACUAACGUCAGUGCCCCGAAUAAUAUACUAGAUUGCCUACUUACAACUAGAUAAAGAUGAUGAUGGGCUCUGGCUGCAGUCUGGUGUAGAACAGGCUCUCUGGCGGCUGUUUGUAACUGUGGUCACAAAAAUCAAUGUUCUGGGGGAACGUGAAGCAGCUACAUUUUUUGGGUCCCCUUGCACAGCUCAAGGUCUGGGCCCCUAGGGUCUGAUGGUGAGUAUGCCCAUAAGGCCCACCCAUAAGUCCACCUACAUGUUCCACCCAUGAGUUUGCUCACAGGGAGUGGAGUGUGUAGGGGAUGUGUUAGGGUAGAGGAUCUAAAGUGUGCGCUUAUGGAAUGUAGUGUGUAGGUGAUGCUGUGUGUGUUUGUAGGGAAUAGAAAGCAGUGUGUGUUUAUGUGUAAGGGAUGUAUUGUGUGUUUCUGGUUGUGUGUCUGUAAGUAUGUAUAGGGAAGCAUUGUGUGUGUAGUGUGAAAGAGAGAGUUUGUGGGGUAGGAUAGGGGCUGAGUCCUACCAGCCCCUUUGUGCUCCUCUUUCCCCUCUGUCCUCUUGUUCCUUACUGCUCUCCCCUCCUGUUCCUUAGUGAUCUCCCCUGCCCCACUGUCCCUUAGUGAUCCUCCCUGACCCCUUUCCCGUAGUGCUCUCCCCUCCUGUCUCCUAGUGCUCUCUCGUACCCUCCCCCCAUCCCUUGGUGUGUGUCCCUCCCCCCCAUAGAGCUCUUCCCUGCCCCUUACUGGUCUCUCCUCUCCCCCACCUCCUCCCCCCCCAGUGGUCUCUACUCACCUCCCCCACCUCCCUUAGUGUACUCUUCUCCUCUCCCCCUUAGUUGUCUCUGCUCUCCUCACCCCCUUUAGUGGUCUCUCUACCCCCUUUCUAUUAGUGGUCUCUCCUCUCCCCCCCUCAUUGUCUCUCCUACAGCCACCCUUAGUGGCCUCUCCCUUCCCCCACUCCCCCUUAGUGGUCUCUCCUCCCACCACCCCCACCCUCCUUAGUGGUCUCUCCUCCACACCACCCCCCACCCUCCCUUAGUGGUCUCUCACUCACACACACCCCCCACCCUCAUAGUGGUCUCUCUCCUCCACCACCCCCCACCCUCCUUAGUGGUCUCUCCCUCCACACCCCCCUCAUGGUGGUCUCUCCUCACGCCCCCCCCUCCCUUGGUGGUCUCUCCUCACCGCCCCCCUCCCUUGGUGGUCUCUCCUCACUGCCCCCCCCUUGGUGGUCUCUCCUCACCCCCCCUCCCUCCCUUGGUGGUCUCUCCUCACCCCCCCUCCCUCCCUUGGUGGUCUCUCCUCACCCCCCCCUCCCUCCUUAGUGGUCUCUCCUCCACCCCACCCUCUCACUCACCCCCCUCUCCCUCCCCUUGAUGGUCUCUACUCACCUCCCCCUCCAUUAGUGGUCUCUCCCUCACCCCCCCUCCCUCCCUUAGUGGUCUCUCCUCACCUCCCCCACCCCUCCCUUAGUGGCCCUGUACCUGGCCGGACUGGCAGGGAGCACUUGCGGUCAGUCCGGCCAGGUACAGGAAACUGAUGCUCCUGGACCGCGGACAGGACUGGAGCUCAGCGACGCUACAUUGAAAGACUGGCAAGAGGGAGCUGUGCGCUUCCCUCCUGCUGUUUGCUCAUAUCUUGCGCCCCCGGGCCGGUGCGCCCUCAUAGACCCGCCGGCCCGGGCAGUGCUGCAGCCGCCUGAGGCUCUCUAUAGAGCGCUCAGGUGGCUGCAGCAUGAGGGAGCCGGCACUUCUGGCGAAGGGGCGCACUAGGCGACUGCCUUAGUCGCCUAUAUAUAAUAUAUGUAAGUUUAGCUCUAGCAGCAGUUUAACUCACGAGUGUUAGCAAUCAUACUGUGGCUGUUAACAUUUUUGUGAAUAGAAUUGUGCAUGACAGUUUUUCUAGCUGUCCAGUACAUUGUUGGAGCAGCCACCUUUCUGAGUUGAGGUAAGAACUUGCAUUAAAUGCUCCCCACCCUCAUAAUUUGAUUAAGUGAAACUUCCUCUUCUGACUUUUGGAAGACAAUGUGCAGUGCUUUUUAUAUCUGCAGAAACUUUUGCAGAUGCUGCAAUUAUAUGCAAAGCAACUGUGUACAGUGAGACAGUGACAUUUGUAACAUACUCUGCACAAUAUUGUGCUUAGAAUUUUACUUUUUAGACCUGUCACUUGUUGAUUUGCCAGGGCUGUUAUGACCUAAAGCAGGGGUUCUCAACCCAGUCCUCGGGACCCCCUAACAGUCCAGGAUUUGGUGAUUACCUGGGUGUGUCUAAGGUGUUUAGAAAAAAGGGGGGUAAAAACACCUUAGACUCUAAGGUGUAUGUUUUUUUUUUUUUUCUAAACACCUUAGACACACCCAGGUAAUCCCUAAACCCUGGACUGGUAGGGGGUCCUGAGGACUAACGUUGAGAACCCCUGAUUAAAGGAAUUUGCUCUAAAUCUUGCAAUAUCUAACUAUUGUGUUUCAUGUGUGUCUUUCAAUGCAGGUGUACAGAGGAUGGCUGCCCACAUAAGAAGUUCUUUCAUACUCGUUUCCUUAUGCGAAUGAGGUUAACACCUGAUUGUUCUAAAAUGUUAAUUUCUACAUCCUCUGGGUAUCUGUUGAUUUUACAUGACUUGGAUUUGACAAAAUCAUUAGAAGUUGGCAGCUACCCCAUAUUAAGAGCAAGGAGAACAGCAUCCACUUCAGGUAACUGCAAAAAUAUGAAUAUUUACAGGUUUAAGCUUGAUAAAAAUUGAAUUAAACUCUUUAGAUCUUUGUUACCACUCUGUCCUAAAUAGGACUGGUAUGACUAGUCAGUUGGACAUUACCAGAACUAUCCUGGGCAUUUAACCUUAUUUUAUGCUUAAAGAAUUACAGGAGUGUUCUAUGUUAAAGGAACACUUCAUCUCAUUGUGGUCUGGGUGCAGGGUUCCUGUCCUCUUUAACCCUACAAUCUAAAACAUUACAGUUUUAGAAAACUGGUGGGGGUGCAUGGUGGGGGAUGUUUGAGUAAUCUAGGCUAUUUCAGUAUACUAAUUUUAUUUUUAUUUUUUAAUCCAUUACAGCUGUAUCCUACUUGUGAUUUAACAAGGGUGCUACGACCUCCCUAUAUUGAAGUGUAGUGUACAAAUGGGAAUGAAAUAUUAAAUAGUGCAAUACCAUAUUUUCUGACUUAACACUUAAUAAGUCAGAUAAAAAAGUCCAACUAAUAUGGACUAGGAAAAAACAAGACCUAAUCACAAAAAAGAAAUGAAAAAAGAUACUAUGUUGAAAUUGUUAAAACAACACAAAUGCACAUGAUAUAAGAUGUAAUGGCUAUAAUAGCCCCAGUAGUGGAAGUGUAGGUUGACACUAGGAUAGAAUGCUAGUUAGAGCAAUGAUGCCCCCGACGCGCGUUUCGCCUGUUUAGCUCAUCAGAGGGGAUCGUUAGGGGCAUCGUUGCUCUAACUAGCAUUCUAUCCUACUAGCACAACCAGGCCGACUAGGUAUUUUUGCCAUUUGACCAAAACUUUUUUUUUUUUUUUUUUUAAACGGUCCUUUGAGCAGCAAACGGUUGCAAACUGUUGCUGCAACAAUGUUUUAAUUGAUUAUUUAGCACCAAGUUUUUUCCUAUUGUUUGGGAGGGGGCUCUUUCACCACCUGUUGCAACUCUGAUUUGUUGUGUGUGUUUUCUUGUGUGGUACUUUCCACUAUGCCAAGGUGGCCGGUCAGGCCCCGCAGGUCCUCCCAUAUCAGGGCCACAUCCGCUGAGAUUUUCUUUUGGAGGUCCUCCAUGAGCUCCUUAAUGGCUGCUAGAGUCACUGGUGCAGCGUCGGGCACCGGAGGUGGGGGCGCCAUACGUGCUGCUGUUUGCAGCACCACUGUUGGUUUGAGGUCUCCCUAUGCUUCAUCCGACGUCCCGUCUGAGCAGCCACCGUGGAGGGACGCCAUCUUGGGCUUGUGGGUGCCAUGGUCUUGCUGCCACAGAUCACCAAUGCUCAUACCCUGCCGGGGUCUGUUGGGUUUUUGUUUUUUCAUCUUUCUGCCCACGAGGUAAGUGUUGGGGUCUCCCUGGGCUUCUUUUGAGUGCGGAUCGUCCAGAUUAUUUGGUAUUUGCCCUCUAUUAUUCCGGAGCUCAGAGGCCAUGUGACUGUUUGCUUUGGUGUUAGGUCACGUCCCCAAUAAAACUAACUGUUAGAAACUAAAACAAAAAAGAAGAAAGGAUGAGAACUCAGAUCGGGCACAAGCUAAGAGAGACUCAAUAGCUUGCCCUUCAGUAAAUCUCCGCUCCGGUCUCAAAAUAGUUUUUGUUCACUUGUGCCAUUACAUAGAGAACAUAUCUGAAGCAUAUCAGACUGGUCCCAUUCGUACGGGCAGUCCAGAUCCAAAUGCUAGCAAGUUCCCUCUGCUCGAGAGUUAUAGCAACCCCAGAUGAUCGUUUCUGCCUUCUUUUGAACCUUGUCAGUGAGGUGUAGCUGAUAUCCCUCUAGGCACAGUAAGCACUGGGUCCACGUCUGGAUUACCCUUUUAACUUGGGGUGAGCCAAGUUAAUGCACUAAAGCAAAAAAGAAGAAAGGAUGAGAACUCUGAAAAUGGACAAAAGCUUACAGAGACUCGAUAGCUUGCCCUUCGGUACAUCCCCGCUCAGGUAUCAAAUUGUUUUUGUUUUGUUUUUUUUUUUUGUUUUUUGACACUUUCUCAAUCUCAGCCACUCAACUGGUUUGGAUUAUUAGCUGACAAUUUAUAGAUACCUUGUUUUAGUUUCCUCACUGAUACAUCGUUUAUACCUCUAUGAUAAAUAGUCACAUAGCAUUUAUUUCUUACCAGACAGGAGAACUCUUAAAAGAACACUAUAGGGUCAUGAACACACACAUGUAUUCCGGUCCCCCCUCCCUUACUCCAAUAAAUGUGGUAAAAUCAUGCUUAUAGUCAAGUCUGCAGCUGCUGGCUCUGCCCCUUAUCUGCCUGCUUGGCUGACAUCAUCAGAAGUGUUGUUCUGAGCCAAUUACAAUGCUUUCCCAUAAGACUGGCUGAGACUGUCAAGGAGGCAGAUCAGGGGCAGAGCCAGCACAAGUCUAACACAGCCCUAACCAAUCAGCAGCUCCUCAUAAAAGGUGUAUUGAAUCAAUGCAUCCCUAUGAGGAAAGUUCAGUGUCCGCAUGCAGAGAGGGGGGGGGGCACUGCCCCAGGAAGCAGCCACUACAGUGUGCAGCAACUACAUUCUGCGUCUAAAUACUGAAUGCUCCCCAUAGAGAUGCAUUGAUUCAAAGUAUUUCUAUGAGGAGAUGCAGAUUGGUGCAGCACACAUUUUGCCACACUUUUUGCAAUUUCCUCCCAAUGUUUUCCUAUGAGAAAGCAUUGGAAUAACUGAGAUCAUCAAAAUUGGUAAUCUCCGCUCUGCAGGUGGUACUAGUGGUGUGGUAGAAAAAGCAAGUAAAUUAACUUUUUUUUCUGCAAUCGAAGGGGGGCUGCUGACCUAAAUAGUUAAACACUACAGUGCCAGGCAUACAUUUGUAUUCCUGACUCUCUAGUGUUCCUUUAGCAUAGAACACUUAUGUAAUUCUUUUAGCAUAAGUUUAAAGGAUCACUAUAGGGUCAGGAACACAAACGUAUUCCUGACCCUAUAGGGUUAAAACCACCAUCUAGCCCCCCCUGAUCUCCUUUGCCUCCCUAAAUAUAGUAAAAUCUUGUAUUCAAGUUUGGAGCUGUUUACUUUGUCCCGGUUUCCUUUUGAUCUGCCCACUGCCUGCUGACAACAGCAGAAGUGGUAGCCUGAUCCAAUCACAGUGCUUCCCCAUAGGAUUGGCUGAGACUGUCAAAGAGGUAGGUCAGGGGCAGAGCCAGCAUGAUUCAAACACAGCCCUGGCCAAUCAGCAUCUCCUCAUAGAGAUGAAUUGAAUCAAUGAACCUCUAUGAGGAAAGUUCAGUGUCUGCAUGCAGAAGGAGGAGAUACUGAAUGUUUGGAUGCAUUUUAGGCAGCCAUGACUCAGGAAGGAUCUCUAACAGCCAUCUAAGGAUUGGUCAGUAAUGUAAACACUGCUUUUUCUCUGAAAAGACAGUGUUUGCUGCAAAAAGCCUGAAGGUAACGAUUCUACUCACCAGAACAAAUGCAAUAAGCUGUAGUUGUUCUGGUGACUAUAGUGUCCAUUUAAUUUGACUAUUCAUGGAGAAACAAGUGAUUUUCAGUUUUUUUAAGAGAAACUAACAAUGUGCUGAUCUUUUAUUAGUUAAAUGUUAAAUGUUUAAUAUGAAUUAUGGUUUUUAACUAGUUUGCUAACAAGCAUGCAUGUAGUACAUACUUGAUCGAACAAAAAUAACUUGGCACACAUUCAGUAUGUAAGGGGAGGACAUGAAAUGUGCUCUGUUUUGACUGGCCAUAUUACAGAUUGCUUUAUUGUAUUUGCAGUGUAGAUUGAGUGCCAGAUGUAUCCUAUGUAAAAUAUACUUAUUCAGUCAGAGAGGCCGAGUUACUGAAAGAGUUUAUUAUAGACCUUAUAAUAUACUUAAAUGGACACCCCAGUCCAAUUAAAGGGCUACUUCAGUGAUUUGAAGUUAUCAUGGUACCUGGAGUCUGUAUGUAUGGCAUUUUACUAUGAAGCUCAGAACAUUUGAAGAUUAGCCCCUCUGCUGCCGGAGGUGUAACUUCACCUUCAGUACAGUCAGUGCGUAUCACUUCAAAAAUGUGAUAGAAUGCACCAAUGGUGCCCCCUCCCCAUGUGCUCCAGCUAGCUCUGCUAGACUUUACUGCCUCUCUAGCAAGGGGGAGCGAUUUCAGUAGAGGAAGAUUGGUCUGAGGUAGAACUUGGACUUGAAAUUGGAAAGUUAGGUGUGUUUUAGCUGCUGGUUUAGGAAGGGUUACUACAACUAAAAUUUGUGUUUUUUUUUUUUUUUUGGUUGAAGUAAUUUUUUAAGCACUUCAGCUUGCUAAAGUGCUUUAGGGGUUAACUGCAUGUUCCUUCUGGCUUAGUUUAUAGAAACAAGAAUAAAUGUACUAUUAUGAAUCCCCUUACGAACUGCUCAUGGCCUUCAAGCAUACAAAUAGGAGGCUCUUCUGCCUCUGCCUGUUGCUUACCUUAAAUCUGUGAACAGAAAAGUAAUCCGUUGUUUAACCUUACAGGAGUUUACUUUUUUUUUUUUUUUUAAACCCUUUCAGUGCUAAAAUGGGAGUGGAUCAGUAAUCUAAGCACAAAAUAGUACUCUCCAGUUAUAGGGGGGAAAAAACCCUGUAUUUUAUGUUUUGCUAUUCUCACUUAAGGGAACAUUUUACAUUCAUAACCCACCAUUUGAUGUGAUCCUUCAGUCCAUACUGCCAUUUUUUUCUAAAAAGCUAUAGAGAUAUCAAACGUCCUCAACCUUUAUCCUUUCAUUCUGGUGUGACCUUGCCAUCAUACAGCAUUGAUGAAGGACAUUCCGGGCCAGACAGAUGCAUUUAUACAGCAAUCCUGUUUUUAAGGUUUUCUUUUUCUUUCUUUUUUUUUUUUUUUCUUCCUCACUAGCACGUAUGGCUCCUGCAUUACUGAUUUGUCAUCCCAUCUAGAAUAUUUUAGUCCAAAUUUUGCCACUCAGGUUGUCGGUUCACCACUAUUCACUAUUGUGUAUAUGCUGGGUCUGUGAUAUAAACCUGUUACCCCAAGAGUGUUUUUUUUUUUUUUUUUCAUAUUAAUUUAUUUUUUUAUGUAAUGAACAAAGUGUCUUGCUCUCAGAAUACUAAAAUGUCCACUAUUUUCUUGCAGCACUACAAACAAUGCAUUCUGUAAUUACCAGUACGGCAUAACAUUUAACCUGAUGCACACCAUUAUACUGUUUUGUUGAUGACCGUAGUAUGUUCUUUACAGAUAUGUCCACUUCACCCACUUCUGAAUCCAGAACAGGUCCCCAGUGUCAAAACAGUGACUUGGGCUCACUGUUUGAGAAACACACUUCACGGUCUUCACAAAGAGAAGGUAGGUCAAAGAAGUCCCUCUCUCCCUCCGUAGAUUACUUUCUAGUUUAGGCAGGUUAUAGUACAGUGUUUACUGUAUUCUGCAAAAUAUGUAUUGUACAAAAACUAUAAAGAUUUGAGUAUGCAAACAAAUACAGCAUAUUAAUGAGGCCAAUCCAAUGCAUUAAAGUUGCACCCAAGUCCCUUUAAUCAAUCCUAUUAUUGAUGACAAAUGAUGUAUGCCUUGCCUAAAGAUACACACUUGCCCCCUUGGCAACUUCAUAUCAAUGCAGGUGUUCUGGUGCCUUAACGUUCAAGACAAGAUCUUACCUUAGGGUAUUUAACCUUUUACCAGUGGCGGGACUAAGAGAGGACUCUGGUACAAAAAUGCGUGUACAACUCCCCCCCCCCCCAUUGCAAAGGUGGCCAAAAGGUUGAUCCCCCAUCUGUCACACAACUCCCACAUUGCUUUGACAGAUCUACCAUUUUCCCAUCCUUGCAUGGUUGUAUUUAGCAAUGGGCAGUGUUUGUGUUUGAAUGUAAGCAGGGCCGCCGCUACCAUUAGGCGAAUAAGGUAUUCGCACGGGGCUCCGGCUCCUCUCUGCAGCCGAUUACCUGCUAAGGGAGCGGGGUUUACUAUAACCCCAGCACCCGAGCAAAGCACACUGUUACUGACUCAGUAUCCCAGCGGCCCCCGGUCUGUGAACACCGGAAACACUCUGAGGGGAACAGGAAACAGCUGGUGCACACACAAUUGCUACAAGCUAGACACUUCUCCAUUCACAGCAAUAGGACAGGUAUGUCACAUCAAGAGGCAAAAGGAGACUGGCUAUCCUGUGCAUUGGGGGUGUGUUAAAUUACUAUGUCUGUGAAUAAAGUGUGACUUCUGUAAAGUGGUGUGAGUUUGUGUUUGAGUGACAGUGUGUGUGUUAGUGGCACUGUGUAUGUCAGUGUGUGUGUGUGUUAUUGAGAGUGUUUAAGUGAAACUGUGUGUAUGUCAGAGUGUGUGUGUUAGGGAGUGUGUGAGUGACUAUGCAUGAGUGUAAGUGUGUUAGUGAGUGUGUAAAUGAUAAUGUGUAUAUCAGUUAGUGUGUGUGUAAGUGACACUGUGUUUGUGUGACCAUAUGAAGAGAUCCUUAUAUACUAAAUUAGAAUUAUAGUAUAUUAAUCCAAUUCCAUUUUAAACCAACAAAAACUAUUUUUAACUUAAAGUUCACUGUAAUGUAAAUUAAAUACCACCAUUAUUAUAAAUUAAAUCCCACUAAAUGCAUUGAUGUAUGUUUUAGGCAGAAUGAGUGUAUGGAUGUAUAUUUUGGGCUGUGGGUGUGUGUCUGCUUUCACUUAAUGUAUACCCUGUUCCCUAAAUGUAUCCUCACUGCAAUUCAGAGUUUAGUGAAAAAACCUCUGAGGAAAUGUGAAAGAAGAAAGUGUUCUGUGCAAUGUAUAAGGCGCUUAACAAUAAGUACACAUCAAAUACAAACAUGUAAAUAUCCCCAAAUUUACACAGAUAUGCAAAGAAAAGUGAACCCGGUGGAACACACCACCAAAAAAGACUCUCACAGUGGAGCGUUAAUAUAUAAAAUACGCUUACCCCAUACUGAGGGGGUCUAGAUGACGGUAUUCCCCCCACUUGAGGAGAUGUAUAGAAACAAUAUUUUCUAGAACAAAAAAAUAAACACAAAAUAGUGUAGUAUAUCAAUGAAAUCAAGAUGUGAUGUACAGGAAAUAUAGACCGAACUCGCAUGGUACAGAGCCUAUAAGGAUAGGCUCAGGUCUCGAAAGCAUUCUUGACCGAAUGGUUCUCAGAUAUAUGGAGACCAAGUGCCCUAGUGCAAAAUUGUAGAAAUAAUAUCCAAAAUGUCAGUGCAAAGACCUGCUCGCCUUUAAAUUGAGCCAAUUAUACUAGGCUCUUAGUGUCAGAGCGUAUGUGUCUUCUUGUAUACAGGAACAGGAAACCGUUAAAGUCCACUGGAUUGGUAAUUGCAUAAAAUAACACUUUGUUUUAAAAUACAAAAUAAAAACUUGUAUAAGUAAUACCAGUCCCAGAAAUAUGAUAUGAAGUGGACUCUCCCCUCUCUUCGAGACGCAUUUCGCCGGUCAGCUUUCUCAGUCGGAAUGUCUGUUUCCUGUAAAAAUCUGUAUUCAUAUACUUUUUUUUUAAUGAUUGGUUGCUGUGCUCCUUCGGUGGCCAAUCAAAACACUGGUAGCCAGGGGUAUGUAUUAUUGCAGCUGUUUCUAAAAGCUCUUUCAUCCAAAACCGGAAGUGACGUUGCGUGCCAGAUGCAACAUACUUGAAGGUCCGCCCCUCUUAGUGUCGUGCUUGCCUCAUUGAAGAGCAGGGAACCAUCUUGUGUGUGGGCAGUUCUUUCUUAAAUGUACAUAUCCAUUCGUCAAGAUUCAUAGCGGUGUAUUCCACAGAAUUUGUAGUCCAUCAAUGUCUCGUGUAAAUGGGAUACAUUACAACACAAAAAAUAAAAAAUAGAGCAAAAAGGAAAGAUAAAAGACAAAAUAAGUAAAUAUGGAAGAAAUGAUCAAAAGAGAAAUAUUCUAUUGGAUUCUCACUAUUUUUAACAGUAGUUUCUAAUGAGCAUGAAUUAGGGAUAAUAACUUGUAAACAUAAUCAAUAUCCAAGUGAACUCUAAUAGCUGUGUAUAGAUAUACCUUAGCAUAUAGAUCACAGCAAACACCCAUUUAAUGCAUUAGGGAAGUCAUUAUCCCUACUGCAUGCUGAUUAGAAUCUGUUAAAAAUAGCUAGAAUGUUUGUAUAUAGUGUUGAAUGCAGGGGUGUAUUUGUGUUGGCAUUUUGAAUGCUUCUAUGUCUGCACAUAUACACAUACUAUAGUGAUACUACAUUGUGAUACAGAUACACAUAAAGCAGGGCUCGACAAAUUUGCUUGAAAUCUGGGAGCCAGCAAAAAAACGUUAGGAGACAGAUUUGUCAAUGUCAAAAAUACAGUUCUUAAAGGGACACUAUAGUCACCAGAACCACUACAGCCUAAUGUAGUUGUUCUGAAGUCUAUAUACUGUCUAUAUACUAUACUCAGCGUCACCAGCACGGUGUGGGAAAAUGGUGAGUAAAAACACCUUUCCCUGUUAUUGGAGAGGGGCAGGUCACCUAAACAUACACACUCACUGACAGACAACAUAAUUGUAGUCCUGUUCUUAGCUAUCCCUGACUUAAAUCACAGAAUCAGUAAAGGGGGAGGUGAUGGGGAUUUCCCACCACAAAAUACUCUAACAUAUAUUACUUUAUAAAUUCAACCAAAUAUUGCCAUAAGCUGCAAUAUCACGUAUAUCAAGCCUGUAAAACUCGCGGGCCGCAUGCGGCCCACAAGGACCAUCUUUGCGGCUCGGUGAGCCGCGAGUGCAUGCUGGUGUUAUGGCAGAGUAGUCACCUGCUUUUCCCACAUUGCAGGUGCCUACUCUGCUAAAACUUACCCGGCUGGGAAGGAGGGCUGCGAGGGAGCCUAGUGUUCCAGCGCCUCACUGCUCCCUCGUGUGCGCUGUCUGAAGUGAUGCUGGGCGCCGGAAUAUGACGCCAUAUUCCGGCAUUACUAAACCGCGCGCGGGAGCAGUGAGAAGCAGAUAAAAGGACCCUAGGGAGAUGCCCCCCAUCGGCUCCAAAAGGUAGGGAGCAAUAAAGUAAACUAUUUGUGUUUGUGAAUGUCAUUGUGUGUGUGUGUCUCAGCGUGUGUGUGUGUGUGCGGCCCACAUAAAAUUAAACCUUGUUUAUGUGGCCCGUGCCACACUUUGCGUUUGACCUGCUUGAUUUAUAUCAUUUAAUACCUCCUGAACAUCUUAAUUCAUAUUUCCUCCUAACUGAAUACUGCUUAUCAGGAUAUAAACAAAACACUAAACUCUUUACACUCUAUCUUUGCCACAAACCACAUUUGUAAAAGUCUAAAUAUCUUUGAUGUAAAUAGUCAGCCAGCCCGUGAGGCAUAGUCAUUAUUCCCUCUAUCUAGUCACAUGCAGUAGCAGCAGUACUUACAUCAUGGGGAUCUGUGUCCUGUCCGGAAUGCUGUGAUCAGGUUAGUUAUAAAAUUCAGGUAGUAUCUACCUUCUCUGGAUGCCCAGCUUGCUAUGUCCUCUGUGCUCACUUCUGCCCCACUACCUGUUCUGUUCUUUGACACCUCCCCUUACCCAUACAACUUCCCCACGCACAGGACUGGGAUGCACAGACUCUGCUCCCGCGCUGCUCUUCUGAUGCAGUCUGAAUGUUGUGCACCGGGCGCUGGUGGCAGGCAGCAUAUAAAGGCAGCAUUGUAUGUAAUCAAAAGGCAGGUCCUGCAGGACUACUAACGGGAACGGCGUUCUUGCGGUUGAAGGACUUGCUCAUCUCUGCCUUUUCCUGCACUCUUCUGGGUGGCUCCAUGUCGCUGCUAUUUGUUUGGAAGUGUCCAGCUCUCACUUCCUUCCAUGCUGCUGAUAAGAAAGGGGCCACAGCAAAAGAGCCCCUGCUGAUACAUGUCCAUUGGGUUGUCCUAAGUGCAUGGGCCACCCAAUGGGCACCCUUAGUGUGCAGGCCUCGGUGCAGCCGCACCGCCGGUAGUUCCGCCACUGGAUUUAAUCCUGAAGUUGUGCAGAGAGUGCACAAAAGCUUUUCUUUUCAAGCUGAUGCACUAUCACUAGCUUCCCAUUGAGAUAACAGCAUGAGAAAGGUACUCUCACCCCAUGGUUUUUAGGUUUGACUGUUCAAACAGUGCUUAAUCUGUGAGUGCACAAAUACGGCCUCUAGAGAAAGCUUUGUUUGUUUUGUGUCCUCUUAUUCACAGGGUGAGCAUUUAUAACCCCACCAGCCUUGCCCUGCACAAGAGUAAAAAUGUUUAGUUCUUGAAAUAGAAAUACAAUUUUCAUUAUAACUAAAUCUUCUCUAUUGUAAAUAUCUGUUUUAGAGGGUGAAUUUGAUCAGUUUGCUUAUCUCUGAAACCACUAAGAGGUCUCUGACCUUCUCUUUGUUGCCAAACCUGGAUGCCAAAUCCUGGAGUAAUGAACUUUUAUCUCUGUGAUCACUUUCCAUUCCUUUUACCUUUCUGUAAUUUGAAAAUAAUGACCUGGCAAAGAAUAGAAAGUAAUAAAGAUCCAGAGUAUUGUAUUUACACAAAUCUGCUGUUGCAGCAGGGAAUUUUUAGUAAUUCUAAGCUCAAACCGCAAAAACUGCAAUUUUGUAUACAGCAUGUACAGUAAGUGAGGACUAUAGCUAACAUAAAACAGGAGUAGUGCCAAAUGUAUUGUUAAGUAUUCACUUGGAACAUUUUUGUGUAUUUUUAAUGUGUGGCAGGUGCCUCCCCCCGUAAUAGUCUUGAAGUCUUGACACCAGACGUUCCAGGAGAGCGAGACCGGGGCAACUGCAUCACAUCACUACAACUUCACCCAAAAGGAUGGGCCACGCUGCUUCGAUGCUCUAGUAACACGGAUGAUCAAGAGGUAGGAGUUAAUCAAGUUGAUUUUAUGCAGUUCAAUUUGAAGCUGGAAGGAAAAAUAUAUAGUGGCUGGAGCUCCCAAAAAAUGCAAAUAACAUUUAACAUAAAAAAACAAAACAAAAUACUAUGCAGGGAGAUCUCUACCCAUCAAAAAAAAAACACAUUGUGGUCUAUGGGGUUUAUUUCAUACCAUAAACCCUUUUCUUUAUCAGCUUAUCCCCCAACAUGAUUAGCACCCAUUAUGUAGGAUAAGUGGAAAUGCUGAAUAAGCCGAUAGUGACCAUAUCACGACUGCUAUCCGCUUAUUCAUAACCCAGCUCCACGUUGUAAAUCUGGAUGCGACUGUGCAUAUGCACGGCCUUAGUCUCAUUUCUAUGUGCAUGCACCAUACACAACCUAGGCCUUGAUUUAAUGAGCUUUCCAAAUUAUUAAGCUAGACAAAUCACUAUUAAAGUCAAUGAGAACUCUGUAAAUAAUGUGGAAUUAUUAUUUAUUUUUAUUUUUUUAAACCAUAUCAAAUCAUUUGGAAAGCUUAUUAAAUCGAGGUCUUGGAAAAUCUUAUUCUGACAUCAGAAGCAGGGAGGAUAAUUUGUAACUGCAGCAAUUUUUGGAAGGCACCGCAAUUCUAAGCCACCCUGAAAAUGCACCAUACAGGAUUCUUCACUAAAGUGAGAAUAUAGAUUUAAUUCAAAGUGAAUUUUAAAUUUAAGGUCAAAAUAGCCAAUUUGGAAAAAUUCAGUCAUCUAUGCUUUCAGCUUGGCCACUCUGGCCUUAAAAUUCACUUGAAUUCACUUUGAAUUCUCACUUUAGCUAAUAACCCUGAUCUUUGUAUUGUUUGUGCUCAGAGUGACAUUUUAACAAGAAAGCCGUUUGUCUGAAAGGAAGCACUGCUGUUUAUUUUAGUUUGAUUCAAAAUAUCAGUGAUAUUUUUUUGUCUUUAAACUUCCCUUUUGAAUAUUCUAAGCUUUGCCAUUUAGUGAGUUAGCCCCUGUGUAGCCCUAACUUGAAAUAAAGGUUCCAAAGCACAAAGUUUGCUCAUAAUAGGCAGUAAUUGGCUGUAUGUGAUGCUUUAGUAUAUAGGGCAUUGUAAUUAACAUCUAUUGUGCUGUCCUUUUACGAAUAUUAAUUACUGGAUGAUAAUAGGGUGGAUGAUCAUGCAGCCAUUAUUAGCCAGUUAUAUACGUAACUUGUGUUUAGCUGGCAUAUUGCAGGCACUAGGGCUGUGUAGCAAAAUAUUUUCGGCAGAAUAACUUUUUAUCUGAUUGCUAUUCAUAUGCAUAAAUAUGAUUUUCAUAAUAAAUAGAAAUGUUUCUCAAAUAAGAUUACUUUUGUAAUCCUGCUGCUGAUUGGCUUAUCUAUUUGAAAUGCUACUAUCCCACGGGUAUGAGAGCGUGUAUUUACAGUAGAUCUGUUAUCCUCUGUUCUACAUUAUCUAUCUAUCCAUCAUGGCAUAGUCAACAAUUUCUAUAUACAAUAUGAUAUAACGUUACCUGCUAGCCACAGCACAAUAUUACCAAAGGACUGUUCACUAAACACACCGUUUGGCCUUGUUGACAUGAGAGGUGAUAAUUCUCGAUAAUUCACAAAAAGUAUGGGGGGUACCUCUCCAGUUAGAACAAUGGCAGAUCCAAUUUGUUAGGAUCACCAGCUGCUUAGAGUACAGAAGUUUCACCCAGUACUGGGACGGGUGACAUGAGAACUUGGCUGAAAAUAAGGAAAAUAGAUCCUGAAGUCAUCCUAACAAUUCCUAAUUAUUCAGGGAUUCAUGAAUGUUCUUGAAUUAAUAUCUUUAAAAGCAAGAUUUACUUUUCAUAUAGUACAAUAAUUGUAAAAUGUAAAUAUUUUCAUGCUUAAAGUUAAUGUUUGCUCUGUUUGUUUCUUUAUCUAGUGGACCUGUGUGUAUGAAUUCCAGGAAGGGACUCCAGUCCGACCAGUGUCCCCUCGCUGCUCAUUGCGACUAACUCACUACAUUGAAGAGGCCAAUGUAGGUCGGGGUUACAUCAAAGAGCUGUGUUUCAGCCCUGAUGGACGUAUGAUAGCCUCGCCACAUGGUUAUGGUAUUCGUUUAUUGGGGUUUGAUUCCCAGUGCAAUGAACUUGUAGACUGUUUACCCAAAGAAGCUGGGACUUUGCAGGAAAUUCGCUCCCUGUAUUCUCACAGAGAUGUGGUCCUAACAACAAAGUUCUCUCCCACACAUUGUCAGAUAGCUUCAGGGUGCCUUAGUGGACGCGUUUCCUUGUAUCAGCCGAAGUUUUAAGCAAAAAGCAUCAAAUUUUUUAAGGGUCAGAAUUGGAUCAGGUACAUCGAACACAGUCUUGAUUUGCAUCUUUUAACCUGGAUGAUUACAUCACAGAGAUGCAUAACGGCACAGAUUAUAUUUUGGCUUUGAUUUUUGGCAGAGCAAGUUCUGUGCACCUUCUUGCCUCUUCACCUUUUUAUAUAUCUGUAUUCUUGAUAUUCACCAGCCAUUCUCCACUUUUUGUGCCGUAUUGCCUGUCAAACACUAAGAACAUUUAUAUAAUUUUAUUCAUUGAUUGGAUUAUACCAUGUAUAAUAUUUGUUUGGUCCCUCUUGAAAAUAAUGCAUUUGAAAUGAAAUCUGUAAUUUUAAGGCAAGAUGUUCUUUGACAUUAAAAAGAAACAAAACUUCACUGUACUUGUAACUUUAUAUUUCAAAAUAAUUUAACACCUAUUGGAGUGAAUUGCAUAAUCAUUAAAUAUGAUUAAAUAAAGUCACACAGAGUACAUGAUCUCGGUAGUGUGGAAGCUGGAGGUCUCUUCAUAUAAUAUGUCCUUCCUGGUCAUUUAUAGUUACUGUUUGUGCCUUUUGUUUACAUUACAGGAAAGUAAGAUAUCAACUGUGGAGAAUAAACUGAAAUAUGGAAACG